AUGAAAUGUGAUGGUGAUAUGAAAUGUGAUGGUGAUAUAAAAUGUGUUGGUGAUAUGAAAUAUGAUGGUGAUAUGAAAUAUAAUGGCGAUAUGAAAUGUGAUGGUGAUAUGAAAUGUGAUGGUGAUAUGAAAUGUGAUGGUGAUAUGAAAUAUAAUGGUAAUAUGAAAUGUGAUGGUGAUAUAAAAUGUGAUGGUGAUAUAAAAUGUGUUGGCGAUAUGAAAUGUGAUGGUGGUAUGAAAUAUAAUGGCGAUAUGAAAUGUGAUGGUGAUAUGAAAUGUGAUGGUGGUAUGAAAUAUAAUGGCGAUAUGAAAUGUAAUGGUGAUAUGAAAUAUAAUGGCGAUAUGAAAUGUGAUGGUGAUAUGAAAAUGUAA